AUAAUAGAGAAUCCCUUUAUAUGUACUUGACAGGUCCUUCCGGGAGAUUCACAAAUCCAAGGGAAUUAUAGAGUUCAAUAGACAAGGAAGUGGUGCACCCUUGGAGGAAUGCGCAAGCGCGGACCAAGACGUCUGUUGCGGUCAGCUGUUCAGUCUUACCGUGGAGCUGACCAUGCCAUAUCAGUCAGUCCAACGGAUUUGCGGAUUCGCCUUUGUGUUGUUCUGCAGGGCCACAAACCCCAGCAAUGAUUGCACGCCAUUCACCCACAAUCCGUGAAAAUAACUCCGAUAUACGGAAGUUUUAUUGAAGUUAAUUACCCCAACGGCGAGCCGAGUUUUCCCCUCAAUCGUGGGGGUUGUUGGAGCCCUCGAAAUUCAGUGAUUGGGUUGCAACCGAUUCGAAAGGCUAUCGGGGAGAAUCUCUAGGCCAAUCUGCUCGCCUCGAUGUCGUUGUUCUUCCGGCCUAUUCCUUCAAAAAUCUCUCAGCUAAAAUCUCAUGAAACAAUACACCUGAGGAGAAGCUAAGGGAGUAAAGGCACUCACCCAGAAUUCCAACAUUUUGUACAGUCUCGAAAACCCCCCUCCAGUUUUCAUUAAAGAUUCAUAGAUGGAAGGCCCGAGUGACGAUAAACAAGAAGCAACGGAAAUACAUGACAAACGAAGCAACGGAAUAAUCGAGAAAGAACUGAAUGGAGAGACGAGAAUCAGUCCGGAUCUGGAGAAUAAUAAAGAGUCCGACGAUGUAACAGCAGCAGUGACAAUGAACGAAGCGACGAAUGAUGUGGAAGAUGAUAUUAAGGGCUCCGACAAGGAAUCUAGAGAGAAGACCAAGGAGAAGCGCGAGGAUGAGUCCUCGGGUACAUCAACAUCGUCCUCUGAUGACGAAUCCGAGACGAGUUCGGAGGACAAGACCGAGUCAUCGAUAAAACCAGAGGCCGAUCCAACACUGGUAACACCAACUCAGAAGACAGAGGAGCAAGCUAAAAACGAUGACACCACUGAUGACAGUGAUAUCGAUGAUGAUCUCGUAUCGACUAUUAAUUAUAAUACCAUUACGUCGCUUGCAGCACUCAAGGACAUGCUGCAGUGCUCUGGGGAAGAGUCCGAUGGUGUAGAUAGCUUUUUUCAUCACUAUUUUCUCUCACAUGUCAAUAGAUUGCCAUCGAGGAAUCAAACUCAUAGUCCUUAUCCCUGGGGGAGGCGACUGUCAGAAUGUCGAGAGGAGGAUGAAUAUGAGACUGAAGAAAAUAAAACUGGUGAGACAAACUCGAAGCGUAGCCACGAAGAUGACAAAGCCCCAGUAACAACUCAAGAUUCCCAAGAGAAAUCUGAAAGUCUGCCAUCCAAGACAUCUAGUCUCUCUUCAUCGGCCAAAUCGAGCUCUGAAAAAAUCGAUCAGAAAUCUAAUGCCACAUCGAGUGUUUCGGACUCGAGACCUCCACCAACUGCCUCAACUGGCUCUCGAUUUACCACAACUACUGUCACAUCACCAACAUCUAGUAAACCUCCAUUGAGGAGGAGACACACUGCUGGUGGUGGAAUGACUUUUCCAGCCACUGAUCCACCGAGCUACUCCAGUAGCAUGGUGUUCUCUAGAACUAGUCCUCUGCCGAGUCCUCAUCUUGAUAAGAGAUUCUUUGACUCUAGUCUCAUCGAGAUGAAGAGCCAGGCCAGCAGCUCCAGUACCUUAGAUUACUCAUCGACAGAAGAUAUUUGGGUUCGACGGAUUGAUUUCGUGCAAGAACGCAAACGGAAGGAACUCGGAUCCCAGCCACUCCCAACAAUCGUCACCGAGGAUGCAGAUAAUUCUGGUCAAAAGUCAGAUGAUCAGAGCACAAGACCACGUGCUGGCACAUGGGGCUCCCACUCCAGGCCUAUCAGAAAGCCGGCGUCAGGUAGUGCCCCAGGCUCAGGCAAAUCAACACCACUCCCUCAACAAUCAGAGCCCUCAGGCGCCUCCACCUCCACCAGAGUCACUGGGAGAAAAACAUCCGGAGUACGAUCUAGUUCAAAUAGUCGAAGUAAUAGUCGUAGCAACAGCGUAGAACGUAGGAAAAGUGGCGAUGAUACAGUUAGUCCAACGAGAAAAAAUGCUCUCUUUGAUGCUUUCCGUCCCAGGAGUAAGUCUGAUGCCAGCAAGACCAGGAAACCCAGUAUUAUUGCUAAUAUGAAGACUGCAGUCCAAAAUUCGUUACAUAGAGGAUCACACGGGAGUUCAUCGAACGACGUCCACACUGAGAAAGAUCACAAAGACCACAAAGACAGCAAGGAGCAGAUUUCAAGGUCUCGAUCUAGCUCCGAAUCCAGUAGAAAUCCCGUCAGUAAAGUUAUGGAUCUCAUUAGGCAUCGCAGUCAUAGUGCUAUCAGUUCCGAUGACAAACGCAGGAGAGCUGCUGCACAACAUCAGUCACAUGGAGCGUCCAAUAGUGCACUUCGGAGAAACUCUUUGGAACCUGGACAGAGGCGAUUGUCACUUGGGACACCAGCAAUACCUCACAGAGCAUCGGAUGCCUGCUUGGAUCCAGUGCACGCUGCUAUUUUAUUCCGCGAUGCCCGAGGCCUACCCGUUGUCGACCCUUUCCUGGAGAAGGUUUCGCUCUCAGAUCUUGAGGAGGACGAGUCCCAGAUUUUCGUGAAGUUCUUCAAGUUCCACAAGUGCUAUGACUUGAUACCUACGAGUGCCAAACUCGUUGUGUUCGACACACACUUGCUCGUGAAAAAGGCAUUUUUCGCGCUUGUUUAUAAUGGAGUUAGAGCAGCACCACUAUGGGAUAGCUCUAGACAGGAGUUUGUUGGUAUGCUGACUAUCACAGAUUUUAUAAAAAUUCUUCAAAUGUAUUAUACAAGUCCCACCGUCACCAUGGACGAGCUGGAAGAGCACGAGUUGGACACUUGGCGCAAAGUUCUCAAGGACCAGGUUCAUCCUCUUGUGAGCAUUGCUCCCGAUGCUUCUCUCUAUGAUGCGAUAAAAACACUAAUACAAAAUAGAAUUCAUCGAUUGCCUGUGAUAGACCCGGAUACCGGAAAUGUAUUGUACAUUUUGACACAUAAGAGGAUACUUAGGUUUCUAUUUCUCUACAUUCAUGAGCUACCAAAGCCAUCGUUCACCAAUAAAACACUUCGAGAACUGAGAAUAGGAACAUUUGAAAAUAUAGAGACGGCAACUGAGGAGACUAGUAUAAUUCUAGCACUUAAAAAAUUUGUCGAGAGGCGAGUGUCAGCUCUGCCGGUUGUUGAUUCCGAGGGAAAAUUAGUUAAUAUUUAUUCCAAGUUUGACGUUAUUAAUCUGGCAGCUGAGAAAACUUACAAUAAUCUGGAUGUGUCAUUGAGGGAGGCUAAUGAGCACAGGAAUGAGUGGUUCGAGGGCGUACAAAGUUGUAAAUUAGAUGAAACACUUUUUACUGUUAUGGAGAAAAUUGUUAGGGCUGAGGUUCACAGAUUAGUUGUAGUGGAUGAAGACGAAAAAGCGAUUGGCAUCAUUUCUCUGUCGGAUUUGCUGUUUUAUCUGGUCCUCAGGCCUUGCGGUGAAGACACUACGAGCACCAAAGGUAGUUCAAUAUCCCUACGCGCUCAAGAUUCCUUGAGCUCGACAAAAGUACUGAGCUCAGCACAAUCAGAGGCUUCAUUGGCUGACGAGGAGCAGCCAGAUGCGAGCCCGAGUCCACCACUGAGUCCAGCGGCAUCAGACACUUCAGAAUUACAGCCAUCUCUGGUGAACUCCUCCCAAGAGACAUCCUGGCGAGAGGUCGCUGUCUCCGGGGGUGAGUGAACACACCUCCAGUCAUCAAGGACUCAUUAAAAAACGAUUGCAAGAGAUAGCUUCACUUCCCGGGAUAACUCGACUAUCGAGUAAUCCUCGGGCCAUCGAUCGAUCAACUGAUCCGUAGAUUUGCCUUAAAUUUCGUCGCUCAUUAGUCAACAAUAAUUUUAGAAAACCCGUAAUUUUCAUUCUGUUGACAAUGAGACAAUUGUAUUCAAUAACGUCUAAACGCGACUAGAGUUGCCAUAAAGUGAUGAAAAUAGCUUUCAACUUGGAGAAAUUUUCCAUCGUACCUCACCGUUAUCUAUUUUGUACAUUAAAUUUUCGCUUUUCCAUUGAAAAAAAAAAUUGAAAAUCCUCCCCAACAAUCUCCGGAUUUUUUAUCGUCUCAAAUAGGUGAGAAGUUUGAGUUUCUAAGAAUAAUUACGAAUGGUUCAAUGAAUUUAUGUAAAUUUUCGUUUCUCCCGUUUCUCCAGGAUCAUUUGUCCUAGUCUUCGCUUGUAGAGUGAUUGCAAAAUAGAAUGUUCAUAGGUUUCCCCGUUAUGUAAUCAAUUUAUGAAGCUUCAGUGAUUGAGAAUUGAGGAACAAUUACUGAAAAUGAAAUAAUUUUUUUUGUAAAAUAAACCACGUGUCAUACUGAUAGCAAUAAUAUUAUGCAAUAAGAAGUAAGCUGUAUUGAUUUGUGAUAGUGCCCUGGUCUAUGACUGUAAAAAUAGAAUAAACGAUUGGAAAUUAAUAAAUUUUGAUUAAAGUCUGGAUUAAUCAUGAGUGGUGAAGUUAUUGGCGAAAAUUGUAAAUAUUCAUUGAAUUAUUAUCAAAGGAUCGUAGGAAUUUUCAUUGCUGCCUCAGUGGCAAGUGCACAUGUUACAAUGCGAUGAAAACAUAUGAAUCAUGACUCAUUAGCACUUUGAGCGUCGUUAUUAUUAUUGAUGAUCUUAUUUCUGUAAUUACCACGAUUUUAUGAAUUUUUUAUCAGCAAUUGCAGAUACUAGAUAUUGAGAGAUGUUGGAAAAUGUAUAAUAGAGGAGUCUGAAAGAUUCUGUCGAAGGCCUACAAAAAUCAUUCGCGAAACAACUCAAAAACAUGAACUGUUUCACAUCGUUGUUCCUGAUAUAUUAUCUGCAGCUGAUUAUUUGCCACUCUAGAAGGUCCAAACCAUCAAUUUUAUCUACUUAAAGUCAGUGAUUUCACGCCCAAAGCCUUCGAUCUACAACACAAUGCAAUUAUGAUUAUUAAUUCACAUAUAAAUGCGAACUAUUUAACGAUUAUAUUCAGGAUAUAUUUUAGGUAUUAUGAAUACUAGACAUUGUGCGAUGUAGAGAAAAUUGAAGAGGAUGGGGGAAAAGAUACUUGAUUUAUUGUAAUUGUGAAUGUGUAAAGAACGAUUAAUAAAGUAAGGCACUAAUUUUGUCA